AAAAAGAGGACUGAACUAGGUGACUUCAGUGACCCGAGAUCUGUUAGGAAGUCGGUCAUUUUACUGAAUGUAUUCGACGUACUCAGUUCGGGAUUAGGCACUUCGGAAGCUACCAAAAAAAGUGUAAAACAGGCCUUUUUUCCGGAGGAUAGUUCAGUCUCUUCGGGGAGACAAGGUCAACUUGGGGACACUCGGAUUCACAGAAUGACUCAUCUUGAAUACUGUGGCGUACAGAAGAGAUGAAAUGUGGUCUGAGGGACGAUAUGACUAUGAAAGACUUCCAAGAGAAAGAGUGCCUCCUCGAAGCCACCCCAGUGAUGGCUACCAUAGAGUAGUUAAUAUUGUGCCAAAGAAACCACCACUGCUAGACAGACCUGGUGAAGGAAGCUACAAUAGAUAUUACAGUCAUGUUGAUUACCGAGAAUAUGACGAGGGCCGCAGUUUUUCUCAUGAUCGAAGAAGUGGUCAACCUCACAGAGGAGAUGAAUCUGGCUAUAGGUGGACAAGAGAUGAUCAUUCUGCAAGCCGACAGCCUGAAUACAGGGACGUGAGAGACGGAUUUAGAAGAAAAAGUUUCUACUCUUCCCAUUACGUGAGAGACCGGUCUCCUCAUAAAAGGGACACUCCUUUUUUCAGAGAAUCAUCUGUAGGCCGAAAGGAUUCUCCACACAGCAGAUCUGGCUCCAGUGUCAGUAGCAGGAGUUACUCUCCAGAAAGAAGCAAAACGUACUCUUUCCAUCAAUCUCAACAUAGAAAGUCCGUGCGUGCUGGUGCCUCCUACAAACGGCAGAAUGAAGGAAAGCCAGAAAGAGGUAAAGAGAGACCUGUUCAGUCUUUGAAAACAUCAAGAGACACUUCACCCUCAAGUUCUUCAGCAGUUCCUUCAUCAAAGGUGUUAGACAAACCCAGUAGGCUAACCGAAAAGGAACUUGCUGAGGCUGCAAGCAAGUGGGCCGCUGAAAAGCUCGAGAAGGCAGAUGAAAGUAACUUACCUGAAAUUUCCGAGUAUGAGGCAGGAUCCACAGCACCAUUGUUCAUUGACCAGCCAGAAGAACCCGAGUCAAAUGCAACAGAUGGCAUAGAAUUAUUCGAAGAUAGUCAGCUAACCAGUCGCUCUAAAGCAAUAGCAUCAAAAACCAAAGAGAUUGAACAGGUUUACCGACAAGACUGUGAAACUUUUGGGAUGGUUGUAAAAAUGCUGAUUGAAAAAGAUCCUUCAUUAGAAAAGUCUAUACAGUUCGCAUUGAGACAGAAUUUACAUGAAAUAGGUGAGCGAUGUGUUGAGGAACUCAAGCAUUUUAUUGCAGAGUAUGACACCUCUAGUCAAGAUUUUGGAGAGCAUUUUUAGAAGAUUACUUGCUCAGGCAAAAAAAAAAAAAAACAACAAAACGCAUUUCUAGAUUUUUUUUUUCCUGGAUUGUGUAAAUCCUUAAUAUAUGGAAUUUUUGUGAUGAAGAGAAAUACUUUAUGAUAGUUGACCAUAUUUCCAAUAUCAAAUAAACAUUUAAAUAGUCUAAGAUAUUUUAAUUAGAAUUUUUUUAUCAACAUGUAGAGCCUCCUAAUCCAUCCUUUUUUUUUUUUUUCCUCCUCAUAAAAUGAUGGGUCAAUUAAUUUUUCAAGCUUUCUUGAAAAAGCAGUCCUGGAGAGCAGCUUCUGUAUUUACUCAUGCUCUGUAGUCUUCCGUAGUGUGCGAUCGUUUGGUCACACUAGUGUAAUUUAUAGGUUAGAGAUCAUUCCACUUAAACAUUCAUGGUCUUUUUGCAGUUCAUAGUCAGUGGUACCAUGUGAAAAUGUUAGAAUUCUGAGUUGUGAUUUUAUUGACUUGUUGCUUGCUUAUCUUAGGCUUUGGAACUUUUCAUGUGUUUAAGUAUAUUAUCCAAAUACACUGAAUACUUUGGUAUCUUAGGGAAUAUUUGCUUUCGGAUAUUCUCAUUGUGAUAAAAUACAGCACUUAAAUCUCUAAAAGACACCUCAUAAUAAAAUCCUGUUUCCACAUGAAUGAACUCAAUGUAUUCUAUUCAAAUAAUCCUGGAACUCCUGACUCCUCUAGUCUCACUGAUGUGUGAGUCUUAAACAGUAUCAUAUAUAAGACUAAGAGAAGGUGCAACUUGAGGUGAAAGAUGAGGGCUGUUUUAAAGCUGAGAUUUCUUUAAAAAUUUCUAACCAGAAGAGAAAAAUUGAGAAUAUGAAGGAGUGGUGGAGUUUCACUUUUUCCAUAGGCCCAUAGUCCCCAUCUCAAGAAAGAAGGUGACUGAUAACAUACCCAUGAUGAAACCACUUACAGAUUAUGCCUUUGUUAACCUCUGUAAUCUAACAAACUCUUUGUUCUGCUGCCCCGUUUAGGGGUUCAUAACCCUCUAAAAGUGUUCUUGAAAGAAGCGAAGCAGAGUAGGCAGUAAGCCUAGCGAGCCUACACUUCACCACGCAGCCUGUGUAAACAGCCCUUCGUGGGCGAGCCAUCCAAAUCAUGGGUUCGGUAAGAAUCUAACUGGGACGAUGAGGAUUUUCCACUCAUUUCCUGCUCACUUCCAGCUGCCCAGUGGCAGCUAGCCAAAGUAUGUGAUCUCGUGGCAUGGGUUAGGAUACCUUUAAAAAUCAUGUUUGUUAUUCCUACCCAAUUUCAUUAUCCUCCCAUCCGCUUUCCAUUUCCACUCCCUUCUCACUGGAAUUCUGGCAUUAUUUUUAGGGGCCUCUAUUGAUUAUAUCUAAAGAGCUACCCUAGAGUAGACAAAAAAUUAUAUUAAAAGUGGAAAUAGUAUAAAUACUUUUAGUGGAUCCUAUAAUGGGUGCCUCAAAAUAUGUAUUAUGCCCUCCCACAAAUUAAAAAACUAACUGAAGGCAACAAUUAAUUUUCUAAAGUUUCCUAUAUGAGACCACCUUGAAUUGAGAUGCUAUACGUAAGUCAAAACUAAACGUUGUGUGUCAUCUUUGUCAUUCUUCCCUAAUGUGAACAGUGCUUUUAUCUGUUAAUUUGUUACCCAUGUUAGAAAGUGCAGACCUUGUUUCUCCCCUGCCCCCAUGUUUUUCUUCUGAGAUAUUCUGAUUCCAGGAUUCAUUUCCUUAAGUCAGGAUGUCACAAGUUUAAAAAUAAAACUUGAGACUCAACUACCUUGAGGCAAAGGAGUUGUUUACUUUGUUGAAAUUCAUUAAGCUAGAGGUGCAUUUAAAUGUAGGUUCAACAGAUAAUUUCUUCUUUUCCCCUUUCCCCAAAUUACAUUCAACAUUUAAAGCUGUUUAUAGCUUGCCAUCAGCAUUAUUCUGGUAGGCUUGUCAGUGUUAAAUCUGUCUGUUUUAUUUUUAAAGCUUUUUAAAGUCUAAUUUUAGGAUAGAUGAAUUCAGAUAUGUACCAGAGUGUGUAUGCUACAAAAUGUUCUUGAUUAAAGAAAUUUGUUUGUAAAUUAUCCAUUAUUUUUGAGUAUGCCCAGUUGAUGUGGUAAAAUUUUCAUUGUCUUACCAUAAAGCCUUGAUGAUCAACAGAGGGAAAGCAGAUAUUGUAAAGUUUUUUUGUGAAUUUUAAAAGUGCAAAAUAAAGCAAUCAGGUUUAAAUAA